AUGAGCGAGAAGAUGACCGCCGAGGCAGUGCCUCUACUGCGAGGACGAGUUCAACAGCCACGCAGAUCCAACUAUUCUACCGUGCUGGGUCUCUUGGCUGCUGUUUGUCUUAUCUCUUUCUUCCAUCACCGGCCUCAUCCUGAACCAGCGGUGACCGAAAACCCUACAGAGAAGCCAUGGACAUGGGAAGAUGUCAAGCCAAGCCGAGAGCUCCACUGGAAGCCAUGUUAUGCCAAGUUUGAAUGUGCAAGACUUGAUGUCCCGAUGGAUUGGCUCGAGCCUUCAGAUGAUAAACGUGUCGUGCUUGGACUCAUCAAAUUGCCGGCCAAGUCCAAGAAUAACCCUGUGUCGCCACUUUUCGUCAAUCCUGGUGGCCCUGGUGGGUCAGGAGUUGCCUUUGUGAGAAGAGAAGGACAUAUCCUUCAAGCAGCUGUGGGCGACAACCAUGAUGUCAUCAGCUUCGACCCGCGAGGAGUUGGCGUCUCUACACCUCGUGUCGAGUGCUGGGGAUCUACUCAGAAGAGAAUCCUCUGGGCUCUCCAAGACACACCCGUUGCCGACGAACGUCCAGGUCUGAUAUACGAUGCUUAUGCCCGUGCCUCAGCCUACUCGGGUACAUGUGAAGCAGCAAUGGAGGACAUGGGUAUCAUGCAGUUCCUUGGAAGUGCAUCCAUCGCUCGAGACAUGCUCGAGAUUCUUGACAAGACGGGUCACGAGAAGCUUCGCUACUGGGGCUUCAGUUACGGCACUAUUCUUGGUGGUGUGUUUGCUGGACUUUACCCUGAACGGGUAGAGAGAUUGGUUAGCGAUGGAAACGUCGACUAUUACGACUGGUUCAACUUGGACCAUAGCAACUUUGUCUCUGACACAGACAAGAUCUUUGACGGCUUUGAUACAGCCUGCCAUAAAGUUGGCCCUCUCAAGUGCGCCUUCUACGCCGACUCGCCCAAAGCCAUAGAGAAGCGUCGAAGUGAUCUUCUCACUCAGCUCAAAAUAUCACCUGUUUUACUUCCGCCAGUGAACCAAGAAUCAGGUCCCGAGCUGCCCCUGCUCGUCACAUACUCCCACCUCCAACGCCUUAUCCAAACCUCUAUCUAUAGCCCAAUGAAGAAGUUCCCUAAGCUAGCCAGCGUGUUCGCCGCCUUGGAGAAAGGUGACGGCACACCCUAUCUUGAGAUGGUCCUUGAGGGUAUAAACAAGGCUCUCGAUGGGAACAUGUGUGAACUGGGUGACACACCUAGUACGAUGCCUGUUGAGACGCCUAUGGAGUUGGAUGCCUUCCCUGCGAUUAUGUGCUCGGAUUCAAAGGCUGCGACAGAGACUCCUCAAGAAAUUGCAGAUUUCUUUGAUCAAAUUACAAACAAGAGUCGUUGGGCUGGAGCAGCUAAUGCUAAUUUCCGAGUGUCAUGCGUGGGGAGAAAGAUGAGGCCAAAGUGGAAGUUCACAGAUGCGGACUUUAGGGGCGAUACUGCGCACCCUAUCCUAUAUAUUGGCAACAUGGCCGAUAACGUCACGCCUCUUCAGAGCUCCUUUAACAACUCAGCCAAGUUCCCAAGCUCUGUUGUCCUGAAGCAAAACUCCUACGGUCACUGCUCUGCCGCAGCACCCUCGUCAUGCUCUAUUCGAUAUAUCAGAGAGUAUUUCCAGAACGGCACGCUCCCAGCUCCUGGUACUGAGUGUGACUCGGACUACGAUCUCUUUGAGAUGCCCAAGUUGGGAGAGGAUGUGACAGGCUUAGAUGAGCUUAGUUCCGUUGCGCUUAUGCUAGCGAGGGAGGUAGAGAUCCCUAGGGCAUUUUGA